AUGGUGGCCGAUCGUCACCCUUCUGAGCAGAUCGCUCCAACCACGCCGGAAACCCCUUGCUCCAGAAAUGGAGACCCCCAGAAAGUUACCUUGAAGAUGUUUUUUCUUUCCCUCUGGGUUUCUUGGGCAGCAACGAUUUCAAGCUUCGACAAUGGUUUCGCCGGCACUGUGCUGAUCAUGCCCUCGUACCAAAAGGCGUUUGGUCACUGCGAGACCAAGUUCGACCCCAAUACUCAAGAUCAGGUCGAAAUUUGUGACCUGAACACGCUCCAACAGUCUCUCAUCAGCAUCUCUAUAUUGUUCAUUGCCCUCGGGUGUAUCCUUUCCGGAUUUUGUGGCUCUAAACUGGGCCGCAGGGGUACAAUUCAAGUCGCGUGUGUCUUUUGCGUCUUUGGAGCCGCUGGUAUGCUUGGCACAUCUGGAAAAUUCAGCAGUUACAUUGUGUGUAAGUGUAUCAGUGGCGUCGGUAUUGGGCAAUUAUACGCUUCCAGUGUCGUUUACGGCUCAGAAUGUGUUGUUGCAAGCAAACGAGGUCUGCUUCUUGGAAUCUACAACAUUGGCUUAGCCCUGGGCAACCUGAUAGUAGCAGCAGUAUGUGCCGGAUCAGCAACACUCGGUCCGGAUGAUGAUUGGCAGUGGAAAACGCCCAUCGUUUGCCAGAUUCCUCUCGCCGUGACUCUCGGGUUUGGAAUGUUCAUGUUCCCCGAGUCACCGCGAUGGCUUUUAUCGAAAGGCAAAGACGAAGCAGCUCGCGUAUCAUUUGCAUCAUUUUUGUGCCAUGACCCACAUUCACUUGAAGUGAAAAAGCAAAUGGAGGAUGUCCAGCAGCAUCUCGAUUUUGAAAGAAGCAUUGAUGCCACCACAUCUUGGGUCGAGAUAUACCGUGGCAACAACUUACGUCGAACUGCUGUCUCUGCAUUAAUCUUGAUCGGUCUGCCGAUCACAGGUAUCCAAUUCGUUGCUCCCUAUGCGGCCCUAUUCCUCAAAGGGGUGGGAAUAAACAAUCCGUACCUCAUAAAUGCCAUUAUCGGACUAUGUAUUUUUGCCGGGGCUUUCACCGGCCCACUGGCUCUCGAUUACGGAGGCAGAAGACUCUCUAUAACGAUCGUCGUUGCAUUUCUUUGCAUCUGGGCCUUUAUAUUCGGUGGACUGAUCGGAUCAAGUACAUGGCUUGCCUCUGCGGAAAUGCACAGCAUUCGACUCCGCACUUAUGGCCAAGCCAACACGACUUUUCUUUACGGAAUCUUUGCUUUCGGGGCCGCUUUCUGGACGCCAUAUAUGUUGAACCCAGAAUACGGGAACAUGGGUGUCAACGUUGGCUACUUCUACUUUGGUGUGACUGUUGGCGUUCUCUUUUUGACUUUCUUAUUUGUCCCAGAAACGUCGCAAUUAACACUGGAGCAAAUUGAUGAUUAUUUUGUGUCCAAUACAAAGGCUUGGAGCACCUCAACAAAAAGGAACAUUGCCCUGAGCGGGCCUAAAUCUGCCUACGAUGUUGAGCAGGUCGAAGCUUCUGCCAAUUCGUCUUCCGCUAUGUGA